GGGCCUUUGCGUGGCGUGCGCUUCCCGCCGUGCGAGCGGAGGGUGACAGAAAGGCCGGGUUUCCCUCGGGAAAUCCUGUGCCUGCCGCGUUUUCUCCUUCCCGAACGGUGUCUCUGAGGUAGAGUCUUAUUGCUGAGCCUAAUGGGUGGGUUUUCUCCUUCCAGGGCAUUGCUGUUAAGAUUGCUGCCAUAAAGACAUGACCACACAGUACGGUAUUCUCUUCAAGCAAGAGCAAGCUCACGAUGAUGCCAUUUGGUCAGUUGCCUGGGGGAAAAAUAAAAAAGAUGGUUCUGAAACAGUGAUCUCUGGUUCUUUGGAUGAUCUAGUGAAGGUCUGGAAGUGGAAUGAUGAAAAAUUGGAUCUACAGUGGACUUUGGAGGGUCACCAGCUGGGCGUGGUAUCUGUGGAUAUCAGCCACACGGGCUCCAUUGCAGCAUCCAGCUCCCUAGAUGCCCAUAUUCGCCUUUGGGAUUUAGAAACUGGCAAACAAAUCAAGUCAAUAGAUGCUGGUCCUGUUGAUGCUUGGUCCCUGGCUUUUUCACCUGAUUCCCAGUACCUUGCAACAGGAAGUCAUGUGGGAAAAGUAAAUAUUUUUGGUGUUGAAACCGGAAAGAAAGAAUAUUCUCUGGACACCAGAGGAAAGUUCAUCCUUAGCAUUGCAUAUAGUCCAGAUGGAAAAUACUUAGCCAGUGGAGCGAUAGAUGGCAUUAUCAAUAUUUUUGAUAUCGCAACUGGAAAACUUCUGCAUACGCUAGAAGGUCAUGCAAUGCCUAUUCGUUCACUGACAUUUUCUCCAGAUUCUCAGUUACUUGUAACUGCUUCAGAUGACGGCUAUAUCAAAAUCUACGAUGUUUCAUCUGAUAAAAGUGUAAAAGUUUGGGAUGCUGGAACGAGAACCUGUGUUCACACUUUCUUGGACCACCAAGAUCAGGUUUGGGGAGUGAAGUACAAUGGAAGUGGGUCCAAAAUUGUAUCUGUUGGAGAUGAUCAAGAAAUUCAUAUUUAUGACUGUCCAGUUUAAGUGUCUUAACUCAGACCCUCUGGUUCACUCUUGUGGCAGUAUCUGGGAAUACUAUCAUCCUUCUACGUCAUUUUUUUAGUAUUAUAAAAGCAUUUUAGUAAUGCUGAUCUGCAAAAUCAGGUAUGUUUGUAUGUAAUUUUGAUUUUGUUUAACAUGAGAGAAAGCUUUACUUUUUUUUUUUAAAUAAAAGCUACAGAUGCAAGUAACUUGUGUCUCAUCUUUGGAAAAAUGUAUUUUUGGAAAUAUGUAGUCAUGGGUGAAGUAACUGCACAGUUAAUCUCCCCUGCCUUUAUACAUAAAUAGACUGGAGCUGAAAGCGUUGACCACAUCUCACAGCAGCUUAUUUUAGCAGAAGGAAAAGUGAGUGAGGCUGGGUGGUGUACGCAUGGGAAAGGAGAGCCUGCACUCAUCUGGAUGUUGUCCCCAUGUAUGCAGUAGGGUCAUGCAAGUUGAACACCUGUUCUGGUAAUUGUAUGGUGAUAUACAGCUCAUUCAUCAUGGUUUAACUUCACUGAAGAGUGCUAGUUGUUUCCAACCCUGACUUAAUACAAACUCUACUAGAAAACAAGGUAAAAGGAAAAAAGCUUUAAUGUGAUCAUUCUACUGUGGUAUCUUUUCAUGUUAUAAAACAGCAGCAGUAUACCCAACACAUGUGGUUUUGGUUUAUCCAUCUUAGUUAAGGCUCAAGUAAACAAUACCUAGGAGAAAGUAAAAACCCUUUCUAGGGAAGGGUGAAAUAUAGAGCUUGAGCUUCUGAAAGAUCAAAGUUUUAUUUGGAAAUAUUUGCCUUUAUGUAAGUGAGAAGUAUGUGGGGUACACUCUAUACACAUUAGAAGGAUAUCUUAUAACUCUAAGUUACACUUACAUGAAGCUAAGCAGCUGAAGGAAUGCUACUCUAUUACAACAAAAGAACACAGGGAAGAACACUAUUAUGCAAGGACUGGGGCAUGCACAAAAUGCUUUGGACAUACAAAAUGAGACAGGUACUAGUACUGCAGCUAACACAAAGAUGAAUAUGGAGAACA